CUGCUCGGACGUUGUUGUGCUUUCCAAUUCAGUCAGUGAAAGAAGUUGGGAUGGUACCGUUUACUCACAUCGUUUGAACAGCCUCUCCCAACCUUGAGAAUAUCUCUCCACGUGAAAGAAGCACAUAAUUAUGGAGAUAUUCCUAAGGCUGUAAAGAUUGUUCCAUUUAAUCGAGAAAGUGUAUGUGCUUGUACUUCUCGAUAACAACGACGAAAACACCAAGCACUGAAUAUCUCUGAUUUGUCCAUCUCUUCUCUUCGAUUCUUCCGUCCUCCUCUUCCGAAACUUGCGUAAGCUCCGGCUUCUAUCACCAUGACUAUUGUUUCUUCAUCUCAGAACCAAGGUGAAACUGUGAAGAAUUACAAGAGUUCAUAUUUUGGAUUACCAGCGUUGGAUGUUUCUGUUGCAUUCCCGCAGGCAACUCCAGCAUCGAUCUUUCCCCCCUGUGCUUCGGACUAUUACCAGUUUGAUGAUUUGUUGAAUCCCGAGGAGCAGGCCCUCCGUAGAAAAGUUAGGGAGGUUAUGGAAAAUGAUAUAGCUCCAAUAAUGACUAAGUACUGGGAGAAGGCAGAGUUUCCAUUUCAUGUCAUACCAAAGCUGGGUUCUCUAGGUAUUGGUGGUAGCACAAUUAAGGGCUAUGGGUGCCCAGGCCUCUCCAUUACUGGAAGUGCUAUUGCUGCAGCAGAAGUUGCCCGGGUUGAUGCAAGCUGUUCUACUUUUAUUUUAGUGCAUUCUUGUUUGGGGAUGCUUACAAUUGGACUUUGUGGGUCAGAGGAACAAAAGCAGAGAUAUCUUCCUUCAUUGGCACAGUUACAUACUGUAGCCUGUUGGGGUUUGACAGAGCCUGGCAUUGGAAGUGAUGCAAGUUCUUUGAAAACAACAGCAACAAAGGUGUCUCGGGGAUGGGUACUUGAUGGCCAAAAGCGAUGGAUUGGAAACAGUACUUUUGCAGAUGUGUUGGUUAUUUUUGCUCGGAACACAAACACAAAUCAGAUAAAUGGGUUUAUUGUCAAAAAGGAUGCCCCUGGGCUAAGAGUUACUAAAAUAGAAAACAAGAUUGGUCUAAGGAUUGUCCAAAAUGGAGAUAUACUGUUAAAGAAUGUUUUUGUCCCUGAUGAGGACAGAUUGCCUGGUGUCAAUUCUUUCCAGGAUACAAGCAAGGUUCUUGCUGUUUCAAGGGUUAUGGUUGCCUGGCAACCAAUUGGCAUUUCAAUGGGGGUCUAUGAUGCAUGCCACAGGUAUUUGAAAGAAAGGAAACAAUUUGGAGUUCCAUUGGCAGCAUUCCAACUUAACCAAGAGAAACUUGUUCGUAUGUUGGGUAAUGUUCAAGCAAUGUUACUGAUUGGCUGGCGCCUGUGCAAGUUGUAUGAGAAGGGAAAGAUGACACCUGGCCAUGCCAGUUUAGGAAAGGCAUGGAUUACGUUGAGAGCAAGGGAGACUGUUUCUCUUGGAAGAGAGUUACUUGGUGGCAAUGGAAUCUUGUCCGAUUUUCUAGUUGGAAAGGCAUUCUGUGAUUUGGAGCCCAUUUACACGUAUGAGGGCACUUAUGACAUCAACAGUUUGGUCACGGGGAGGGAAAUCACUGGGAUUGCGAGCUUCAAACCAGCUGAAUUGAGUAAGCGCAGUCGCCUGUGAUGGACUAUGACCUACAUGGACUCUGAUCUCGUAUUUGGUCUAUUCUGGUAAAAAUAAAUGUAAUGCAGUCAAAAGUUGUCAUUAAUUCUUCGAUAACGUUGGCAGACAGAAUAAUAAGAUGGAAAUUGGAGAUUUCCUCCAAUCCUUUGCCAUUUUGUAUCAUCA